ACUUGUCCGGCGUCUUGGGGCUUCGCCUUUGUGCGCGCAGGAGAGAGGAACCUAAUAAUUCAUCAAUGAAUUUCAAGACCUAAUCGUGGUUAUGAAGAUUGUAACCUAUAACAUUAACGGCAUUAGGCCUCGUAUCGCUCAGUUUGGUUCCCUCCUUAAGUUACUCGACUCACUCGAUGCCGAUAUCAUAUGCUUUCAGGAGACCAAAAUAUCAAGGCAGGAUUUAACGACUGAUUUAGUCUUGGCUCAAGGUUACGAGUGCUUCUUUUCUUGCACACGCACGUCGGACAAGGGACGCGUCAGCUACUCUGGUGUAGCAACAUUUUGUCGUGUCAAGUCAUCAUUCUCAAGCAAUGAAGUGGCUUUGCCGCUUGCAGCUGAGGAAGGGUUUACAGGUGUUCUUGAUAGAUCAAAUGGAGAAGAAAAGACUCUCAGAAGAGCCUGUGGCCUCGAGGAUUUCACAAAGGAUGAACUCAUCAAGGUUGAUAGUGAGGGACGGUGUGUAAUUACUGAUCAUGGCCACUUUGUUCUCUUCAACAUCUAUGGACCUCGAGCAGUUAGUGAUGACACAGACAGGGUCCAGUUUAAGAAGAAAUUUUACCAAAUUCUUCAGAAAAGAUGGGAAGUUCUUACGCAGCAAGGAAGGAGGAUAAUUGUUGUUGGUGAUCUUAAUAUUGCUCCUACUGUCAUGGAUAGCUGUCAUCCCAAACCAGAUUUUGAGAAGAACGAGUUCAGGACAUGGUUCAGGUCUAUUUUGGUGAACAAUGGUGGCAGCUUCUUUGAUGUUUUCCGAACAUUACAUCCUGAGAGGAGAGAAGCAUACACUCAGUGGCCACAGAACACAGGCGCUGAAGAAUUCAAUUAUGGGUCAAGAAUAGACCAUAUACUUGUAGCUGGGCCAUGUUUACACGAGGAAUAUGAACAGAAACACCAUGAUAUUGUUGCUUGUCACGUUAAAGAUUGUGAUAUUCUUGUGGAGUUUAAAAGAUGCAGGCCUGGAAGCUCACCUAGGCGGAAAGGAGGUAGAAACAUCAAAAUAGAAGGCUCGGAUCAUGUUCCAGUUUUUAUCACUAUGGAAGACUUCCAAGAUGUCGAGCUGCACAAUACUCCCACUUUAUCUGCUCGAUACGCUCCAGAGAUCCGUGGAUUCCAACAAACUAUUGUCUCAGUACUGAUGAAGAGACAGAUGGAAGAAAGGCGAAUCUCAGACAAUGAUGAGAUGCAAGAAGGUUCUGGUUCAAUUUCAGAUGAAAAAUAUGCAAAAGGUUGCAAUGAGGGUUCAUCUGGUGGAGAUUCUCACUUAGAAAUAUCUUACUCAAGACAGGAUAGUAUGAGCUCAUCAUUAUCCACCGGAGUAAAGACGAAGAAACCAAGGAGAAGUCAGGAUAAGCAACUUUCACUAACAUCGUUUUUCCAGAGUAGUUCAAAAUCUGUUUCUUGCUCAACCACUAAGGAGAGUAAUACAGAGGAGGAAGUAAAAAUAGAUGUUAAUACAGAGAAGGAGGAGAAGAGGAAUGUUGUUUUGCAAGAGUGGCAAAGAAUUCACCAGCUCAUGCAGGACAGUUUCCCAUUAUGUAAGGUCCAUCAAGAACCAUGUGUCGACAGGAUUGUCAAGAAAGCAGGUCCCAAUUUUGGCCGUAGGUUUUAUGUCUGCGCCCGUGGGGAGGGUCCUGCUUCUAAUCCCGAAUCAAAUUGCGGUUACUUUAAGUGGGCCGCCUCAAAGCCCAAGGGAGAAAGAUGAUGUGUCCUCUCUUGAGACCUCAAUAUUUUCUGAAAAUUGUUAACUUUGUAAAAUUUUCUAAAUGUAAAAAGGCAUAAUUAUCCCAUAAAUCUUGCUGUCUCUUCCUUUGUUUAGAAUUGAUGGUUGUGUAGUCGUUUUCAUAUAGGAUUGUAAUUUAACAUAAUGUUUACAAUUUUACAAUUUACCCUUGGAAGACUUUGGAAUUCAGCUAUUUAAAUCAUAAUUUGUGUGUUU